AUGCACUGGGCCAACCAAAGUCAUGUGACCGAGUUCAUUCUGGUGGGUUUCCCUGGCAUCCUGGAGCUGCAGCUCCUGCUCUUCUUCAUGUUCCUUCUGGCCUAUGCACUGACAGUGAUAGAGAAUACGGUGAUCAUCAUGCUAAUCUGGGCCAACGUCCCACUCCACAAGCCCAAGUACCUCUUCCUGGGGAAUCUCUCUUUCCUGGAGAUAUGGUACGUCUCAGUCACGGUGCCCAAGAUGCUAUUGAGCUUUGUAACAAAAAGGAAAAGCAUCUCCUUUAUUGGGUGUAUGGCCCAGCUCUACUUCUUCCUGGCCUUGGCUUGCACUGAGUGUGUCCUCCUGGCCGUCAUGGCCUACGACCGCUACGUGGCCAUCUGCAACCCGCUGCGCUACUCAGCCAUCAUGAGCCAGACUCUCUGCAUCCGCUUGGCCUCCCACUUGCUGGUGGUAACCAUCUUCUAUGCUUCCUCCCUCUUCAUCUAUGCCAGACCUCGGGCCAUAAGUUCCUUUGACUCCAACAAGCUGGUGUCUGUCAUCUACACAGUUCUGACACCCCUCUUCAACCCAGUCAUCUAUUGCCUGAGGAAUGAGGAGUUCAAGGACACCCUGAGGAAAACAGUGCAUGGCAUAAAAGUCUUCUCCUUGUCUGGGACUUUCCAAGAUGGUCUAAGGGAUUCCCAUUUUUUAACUCACUAA